GAUAAUCCCUAAUGAAUUGCUCCAUCGAAUAAUCAGUAGUCGUUCGUUCUCUGUCUUAUUAGUAAAUUCGCGCGUUGAUCAUGCAAAAUUGUUUUUUAUAUAUUAUGGUUUCGGGGUCAUGGUUUCUUUAUUGACAGCAAAAAUCGUGCAAUUUGUAACGAUUACAUAGUAAUUGCGCGAUACGUAAUCAUACUUUAGCUUUCAUAUUCCUUUUUCUUUUCUUCAGUCUUGUCUUGUUUUUAUAUAUAACAAAAUAGUAAUACCUCUAUUAUAUUAUAUAUUAUACCUACGUGUCAAAUAAUAAACAAUUUAUUACAGUGCUAUUUUAAAAAAGAAUUGUUUUUAGAUUAUCUAUUUGUAGCAAAUUACCGUCGUAUUUCCUGUCGUAUAUAUACAUAUAUUCUUAUUAUAUUUAUUUGCAAUGACUUGUCAAUAAAUUUAUUUUGUUAUCUGUUUUUAUUCUGAUUAUUAUCGUUGAUUUUUCAUACAUCAACGUUAAUUUCGUAGUGAAUGGACAAGUUAUGCAACGUUGGUUUUUCUUAGAGGAGCAUAUAAAGCAAAAAGAAAUUCUUCCAAAAAAAAUGUCGCUGCAACAACCUGUGGCUGUUCAUGAAGUUACAUCACAAGAAUGGAUUUUUACCGUGUCUGCACCAGAUGUAGGACCAAAGGAGAAAGUGUUUCUAACUGGAAACACUGCUGAACUUGGAGAAUGGGAUUUUAAUAGAAUGGUGCCCUUAGAGCAACAGUCAGAGACUAAUUUAUGGAGCAAAACCAUCAAGAUACCAAAUACUUCUGAUGUGCUGUAUCGCUAUGUCAUAUGUAUACCUACUGAAGAAAAUGAUGUAAUUGUUCGAAAUUGGGAAACCAAUAUCCAUCCUCGCGUCAUUAAAGACUCAACACUACAUCCAGUUGAAGAUGUAUUUGGUGCAUAUGAUGGUAAACAUAAUAUCAGUACAGGCUGGCUCACUACUCAGACUUUAAUACAAUUCAAAUUUGCUAAGAAUCCAUUACAUCUGAAGAGUCGGCUGAAUGGGAGAUUAAUGAAUAUUAAAGUAACACCGGUGAAGUUGUCUUUUGGAACAGAACCACAAGUGGAAGACUCGUCAUUGAGCACAGACACAAUGGAUGUUGAAAUGCCAGCUGGUGUGUUUGUUGAGGUGUCUACACUAGACAAUGAUCCUUCAGUCUGCCGCUUGAGAGCCCAAGAACAAUUUGGAAGCGAGUACAAGCCUAAUGAUAUAUUGCUUAUUAAUAUCAUGACUCCUAAUCCCUUAGGUCUUGCAUACCUUGUUGACUUCUAUUCAUAUAGUAGUCGGGCAUCUGCUGAAGACCCACCAUGUCAUAUAGGAUACACUUAUAUUCUCCCAAACAUGUUUAAGCCUUCUGAAGGCACUUUAGAGUUACCUGUAACAUGUAAUGUUAAACACAGGCCACUGGGAACAGUCAACUUUGAUUAUCUGAUUAUUCGUCCAUUACCUGAAAAGCUGUGUGACCUCCAGGUGUCUUAUGCUAAACACUGGGACCCAUCUUGGACUGGCUUGGAGGUUGGACACCGUGGUCUUGGAGCUAGCUUCAAAACAAAAGAAGGAAAUUCUAUUCGUGAAAAUACAAUAGCGUCCCUUAAAAAGGCAGCUGCUAGUGGUGCAGAUUUGCUUGAAUUUGAUGUUCAACUGAGCAAAGAUAUGAUACCAGUUAUAUACCAUGAUUACCAUGUAUGUAUUUCUAUGAAAAGAAAGAAGGAGGUUGAACAUACUGAAAUGUUAGAAUUACCAGUGAAGGACUUGACCUUGGAACACCUACAGAAAUUGAAGGUGUAUCAUUUGGUAGAAGGCCGUAACCAUGAAAUACUUUUUUUUGAUGAAGAUUUAGAAGAACAUCAACCAUUUCCAACUUUAGAAGAUGCUUUAAAGAAUAUUGAUUCACAUGUUGGUUUCAAUGUGGAAUUGAAGUGGACCAUGGAGAUGGGUGAUGGCACUUUUGAGUUGAACAAUCCAUUCGAUAUGAAUACAUAUGUAGACAAGAUUUUAGAAGUCGUCUUAAAACAUGCAGGAGAGAGGCGUAUUGUAUUUUCUGGUUUUAAUCCAGAUAUUUGCACCAUGGUACGACAGAAACAAAACAAAUAUCCCGUGAUGUUUUUAACUGUUGGUAUUACCAAUAAAUACCCAGCAUACCGUGAUCCCAGAUGUCUGUCCAUACCGGCUGCUGUGCAGCAUGCGGUUAGUUCGGAUAUUUUGGGUGUUGUAGUACACACAGAAGAUCUUCUACGGGAUCCAACUCAGGUGAAAUUAGCCACCGAUGCGGGUUUAGUUAUAUUUUGCUGGGGCGAUGAUAAUAAUGAUAAAAACACAAUUAAGAGGCUGAAGGAAAUGGGCCUGCAUGCUGUGAUAUAUGAUAAGCUCGAUCAAUAUACCACUAAAGAAGUUAAGGAGAGCAUAUUUCUGAUGGAGGCACGUGAUUCGCAGCGAGAGCUUAUGCGACUGGCCGCAUUAGACGGUCUCCCUGCCACAGAAAGUUCGACUACGGUGCAGACCGUCGCCGAGUCUGCAAAUCGACCUUUCCUUGAUCUCUCAGUUCGCAACAAAAUACAAGAACGUUCCACUGUCACGUCGCUCGAGUCACUGGCCUCCUCUAUAGAUCUUAGAGAAGAGGUUCCAGAUAAAAAUUUGAAACGUAACAGAGAUAUAAUUACAAAUACUGAUAAGGAUUAUCAAGUAAAGGAACAGCGAAACUAUUUUCGCGAUUUAUUUACUGCAGGUGACAAUAACAAAGAACUGCCGAAAAAAUCUCGUAAAAACGAUAGUGAAUAAAUUUUGUUCCUUUAUUUACAUAUAUCUUUAGCAAUAUUAAUGAAAUUAUCGUUCUUGCUCAAUUGUCGUCUUUCAAUUUAAUCAUUACAUCAAAACAAAAAUAAAUAUAAAUUAAAGAUUUUUAGUUCAAUAUUUGACACAUAUUUUUAUUAAUCAUUAUUGAGUGUAACGUAUUACGAAUUGCUUUAUGAUAACUUAUAAAAUAUCUGUACCCAGUGUGGUAAUGAAGGUAAACUUUUUCUAUUACUACUGCUGUGUAAUUAGUAGGUAAAUUUUGGGAACAAUUUGAGAUACCUAAUCGUCGGCCUAAUUAUCAGAAUGCUUAAGUCCUUCUGGAUUAACUUUACAGAACAAGUAAAAACUGUUUAUUUUUACUAUACGGGGAAAAUAUUUUAAUGCAAUUUUGAAUCUAGUAGUAAAAAUGAUCAAGGAAUUUAAUUUCACAAUUGAUUUUUGGAUUUGCAAACUAGAUUAUUAAGAAAAUGGAGUUACGAUUUUUUUUUGCUGCAAUUGCAAAUAUUAUUUGGAGUUUCAAAGUGCAAGUGGUGUUAGGACUUUCUAUUCUUUUUAUUAUUUACUUACAACAUAGUAGGACAUAUUUUUAUAAUAAAAGUCAAUAAUGUUAUUGCAAAAUAUAAUGAAAUUCAUGUUUUGGCAAUGUAUCAAAAAACUUUCGUGCUUAUUUACAGGGUUCAUCUUUAACAUUGUUUUUUGGUAAUUUUUUAUGUACAUCAUCGUCAUUGUGUAUAAUUCAUUUUUGGUGACACAUUUUCUAACAGACUAACUGUUUAAAAACAUUCUCUUGCAUCCUCUUUAUAUUUAUUCCCUUUGCCAUCAAAGAGAUAUAAUUCCACAAGGAAUUUUCUCGCCUUGAUGGUAUCCCAGCACAUCUUUCUCUUUGCUUACGUUUCUAAAUGAGAGACAUUCUGUCGUAAACUUUCUUUUCUUUCCAGCUCAUGUUCCAGAAAUGUUUCACCAUUUUUAUCGUUCUUCUUUCGGAAGUUUUUUUUCAUUGUAAUUUGACAUCGCUGUUCAAACUUAGUUUGCAAUUGCAUCUACCUUUGAUAUUUCUUUCGCUGUUAGGCUCAAUAAAACUCCUAUUAUCUAUUUUCUUCUAUAUAGUUCUAAAUUCCUUCCUAAAUAUAGUUAUCCUUUUUUCCUUUAUUCUUUAUGUUUAUUGACACUCUAAUCCUGGUUUUAACUUUUUGUCUCUUGACGGCAAUUGAGACAUUGUAUUUUUUAACCAAGCGUUGGCCCACAGUGUUAGUCUGUCGUUUGUCUUAUUUUUCAAACCUAUUGAGAUGUGUUGUUUGUCGUAGUUAAUGUCGUAAUGUUUCAGUCACAGUCUGUCCUAUGGGUUAAUUUCUUCUGAUGGAUUGACAUCAUUAGUACAUAUAUCUUCCAUUUUUUCUUGUCUUUUACUUAAUAAUAUUUUUAUCUUGUUGUUGGAAAAUUACAACAUAAAUUAACUAUUACUUUUCAAAAUACGGUAUUAAAUAUUAAUACAAUAAAUGUUAAUUUCAGCUAACUUAUUGCUCUUAAAGACACGCUUACACCUUACUGCAUAGGCGAAACCGUAUUGAAGUUAGGAGUUAAGCAUUUUGCGUAUUACAAAAUGGCAGUCAGGAGAUAGGUUGUUUAAUUAUUAACUCAUAACAGUUUAGCUGUAUUUUUGUAAGAUAUAUGAAGUAAUUCAGUGGAUAGGCUUCAAAAUACUCUAUUAGAUGGCAUUAAAAGUCUGAUAUUGAUAUUUUGUGGAGUUACGCAUUCUGAUAAUUAGACCGACGUAAUUCUAUAAUACAAAAUUAGUUUUUCCAGGCUUUACGUCUAAAUAAAUAUUCUAGUCAAAAGGUAUUGAAACACAUCAAAAUGAUGAUGUAUUUCAAUACCUAUAGUACAGGGGUGGACAACCGCCAGGGGAGGUCGAUCGCGACUAUUACUCUAGUCCAUCUUGGCAAGGCAAAAAAUAUAAAAUUUUUACUAAUCUAGCGGAAGAUGCUCAGACGCAAUGCUCACACUAAUAUAAAUAAGUAGUUACUCAAGAAUAAUUUUCAGUUUUAUGUUUUCCCUCUUAAAAAAAUAAAAAAUACAAUACUACAUCAUUAUAUACUGAACUAUGUUGUUUAAUUUGAGAUAUCAAGAAAUAUGUAAUUAGUAGAUCGCACAGGGUUUCGUCAGUUAACAGUAUAUUUGGGUCUAGUCAAGUUGGCCACCCCUGCUAUAAUAUUAAAACACCUUUUAGAUUGGUAAAGUUAUCAUAAUGUUAUUCGUGUCAUUUUGAUUUAAUUAUUUUUGUUUUGUACUGUUGUUUGAAUUGAUAAUAUUUACUUAGAUUUUGUUUUAUAAUUAUUGUUUCAAAAUAUAUUUUACUCAUUUAUUCGUUUCAAAACCUGUGCGAUUAAAUUAUCUUUUGUGUAAGCAAUACAAUUUUUGGUAUUUUAGUAAAUAUAUAUUAAAAAUUAAAAAAGUGAUAUUUUGGCUAUGCAGAAAAUAUUCAUUGCAGGUCAUUAAUUUUUGUUAGUAAAAUUAUAAAAUAUACUUAUUUAUAUACCUACUAUAAAUUUUAUAUUACCUACAAUUAAUUUUAUCUUACCUACAAUUAAUUUUAUCUUACCUACAAUUAAUUUUAUCUUACCUACAAUUAAUUUUAAUAGCCACUAAUUACAAUAUGUAUUUCAUAGACGCAUUCAUAUGCAGGGAUAUAGUCAAAUUAUAUUUUUUUUCAGAUGAUCAAAAUUAUAAAAUAUACUUAUUUAUAUACCUACUAUAAAUUUUAUAUUACCUACAAUUAAUUUUAUCUUACCUACAAUUAAUUUUAUCUUACCUACAAUUAAUUUUAAUAGCCACUAAUUACAAUAUGUAUUUCAUAGACGCAUUCAUAUGCAGGGAUAUAGUCAAAUUAUAUUUUUUUUCAGAUGUAUAGUCUGUGAUAUUUAGCCAUUUUGUAUUUGUACUACAAUAUGAUAUAAAUAUAAAUCAAAAACCUGAUUUUAGAUUUGUAUAUUGUUCGAUAUCAUAAUUUGAAUGUGGAUCUCUCAUUUUAUUUUUUAAUAAAAUAAUAUAUAGACAA